UCACGUCAAUGGUCUCCGUCGUCAUCGGUUACACCAACUUCAUGCAAAGAAAACCGGCGACUGACUCCGUCCACAUUUCUUCGACAGUCGACUUUUAGGACCGGCAACGUGCGGUGAGUGCUCGUGAAUUAUCAAAUUAUCACGAAGGAUUUUCACAGUAUGGUCAACCGGAUCACUUCGAUAUCAUUUAUAGUGGAUAACAGUAAUGGAUCCAAAGAGGGAAGCGCGGAUUUUGAAAAGGCCGUCAGAUAUUGUGGAUAUGGAAGGUUUCAUUACGGUUUGAUGUUACUCUGCGGUAUGAUGUUCCUCUCCGUUGGUUUUCAAAAUAGUAUAAAUGCUUACAUCUUACCUUCGGCUGAAUGCGAUUUAAAUUUGUCUUCAGCGGACAAAGGACUCUUAAACGUCGGCUUUCUCGUGGGUGGAGUUAUCAGUUCAGUUUUUUGGGGUAUCUUCGCAGACGCCUACGGUAGGAGGAACGUCCUUCUGGUGACUUUUAUGGUCGACAGCGUUUUUUCAAUUAUUUCGAGUUUCUCCCGAAGCUUCAACAGUUUACUGAUCUUUCGUGCAAUUAACGGAUUCACAAUCGGUGCUCCUGGAUCAUUGAUCUACACUUAUCUCGGUGAAUUUCAAUCGGAAAAAUACAGAUCUAAGAGCAUUUGUUACGUUGGCUUCUUCUGGACGCUCUCUUGGCUCAUAUUACCUGGUCUGGCCUGGAUAAUAAUACCACUUACGAUCACCAUCGAGUUCAACGGUAUCUCUUACAAUUCUUGGAGACUUUUGUUAGCCUUGAUCGGCUUGCCAACAUUUUUCGUCGCUCUCGUUACUCUUACUUAUCCUGAAAGUCCUAAAUUUUUAGUGUCACAAGGAAAGACCGAAGAAGCAUUGAGGAUAUUAAAAAAAAUUUAUGUCAUUAAUACCGGUGAAAGUGAAGAGAAUUAUCCGGUAAAGGUUCUCUUAUCUGAGAAUACAAUGAACACGAGAAAAGAAGGAUCUUCUUUAUCAGCAUUUGGAUUGUUUACGGUUUUAUUAAAAAACAUUUGGUCUCAAAUUCGAUCAAUCUCUUCCUUGCCUCUUUUAAAAUACGCUAUACUUUGUUGGACGAUAUACUUCACCAAUAUGUUUGGAUAUUACGGAUUGGGUCUCUGGCUUCCGGAGUUGUUCAAUCGUUUUGAAAUAUAUCAGAAAUUGCAUCCAAACGCGACAAUAACCGUUUGCGAGUUGAUAAGGAAAACGGAAAUAUUGAAUCAUACGAGUAUUAAGCCAACAACAUUGAACGAAUCGGUGAUCCUUUUUCCAUUGAUGAACGAGACCGAAAAAUGUGUAAGCACGAUGGAUGAAAAGGUUUUCACUAACGCGUUAACGAUCAACGCCGUUUGUUUGCUAGGAAAUAUUGCAUCUGGUUACUUCGCAAAUCGGGUCGGUCGUCGAACGAUACCAGUAAUUACUAUGUUGACAGCUGGUGUCUUUGGUUUCGCCACUUACUUCGUUAAAUCUUCCUUGCAAAUUCUCGUAGUGACCUGUCUGUUUUCACUGACAAUAGCCACGGCGAAUUUUGUAAUAGGAAGCGUUGUGGUCGAUAUUUUUCCAACGCACGUAGGAGCGAUAGCUAUCUGUAUGAUGACGUGCUUUGGUAGGAUCGGUGCCAUCGCGAGUAAUUUGGCCUUCGGUAUGCUUCUCGAUAUCAGUUGCGAAGUGCCAAUUUUCUUAGUGGGCAGUAUUGUUAUCGGUAAGAAUCGAUUUUCGACGAUACAAAUAAAGAUCAGUUUAUGCAUGAAUAUAAUUCAUGGAUGAGACGAAUCAAUGAAGUGCUUUUUCUUAUUUAUGUAUUUACUUUGUUUUUGUUUCUUGUUUUCAGCCGGAGGCAUCCUAGGCUUUUUGCUACCAUUGAAAAAUAGCUGAGGAUGAUUUCUUAUAAGCGACGAGUUCAGAAAUAUUCGUCUACCUUUUCUUCUUUUUUUUCUUUUUCUUUUUCUUUUUCUUUUCCUUUUUAUUUAUUUCCUUUCUUUUUUUUUUCUUUUUUAUUAUUUUUUUAUCAAUCCCAAUUUCCUACUGGGCAAUGCUAGUCUCGUCGCUUAAAUCUAUUUGUAUGAUGAGAAGUAACAUCGUGGUUCGCGUGAUCCUUAAAAUAAUUUUAUUUAUUGAAAGCAAACUUUAUAUAGUAUGGAAAGUAUAUGAAUAAUGUAAUUAGAACGAUAACUUUUUAAUUUCUCCUAAAAGGAAACGGAAUUUCUAUGUUAAGAAUGUUUAUUGUAAUCGAUUAUGUUAUCGACGGUCAUUACAAAUCGACCAUUAUCGACUGAUCGUUACCGACCGCGCAUUACAGGUCGCUUCUUACCAACGUACUUUCUUUCUUCGCCCUUAUUACAAAUAUCUUGACUUUCUAAAAUGCUGCCAUCUCUUGUUACGUAACAUUAUUCUGUCACAAGAUUUUUAAAGAGUGACGAUACCGUAGAUAAAUAGAAUUUACAGAACAUUAGUAUCUCGUAUUUGACGAUCUAAAAAGAGAACAAUGUUAUACAACACGAGAUGAAACCUUACAUUCUCUCUUUUUUUCUUCUCUCUAACGUAACGUUUUUUUUUUGGCUUCAAAAUCUAUUGAUAUUUAAAUUAAUACUCGUUUUAUUUUUUAAUUUGAAAACACAUCGAA